CUCGUCUUUACAAAUCACAUACCGGAUUGAGCACCUUAUGACGAUAUGAGAACUACUAUCUCAUCAUUAGAAGCUUCAUAUCUGGUUAUGGCCUUGUCUAAGUAUAUAUGUUAUCUCAAAUACGGUAGGUACGACGUGUUCCACAAAGUCUCUUGCCAUCUCGCACAUAUCCAAUUUCAACCAUCUGGCUCUCACAUUGACAGUGCGUCUUACCAUUGAUAUUUUACAUCCAAUCCAUUAUAGUCAUGUCGAAGAUCAUCGCUGUCAUCGGCGCCACAGGCGCACAAGGUGGAUCUGUUAUUUCCACACUCCUAGCGGACGGCACCUACAAGAUUAGGGGUGUCACUAGAAAUGUUACGAGCGCUAAGUCUCAAGCCCUGACUGCGCAAGGGGUCGAAAUGAUACAAGCAGAUUUGGACGAUGAGCAAGCUUUAAUCAAAGCAUUCAAGGGAGUCUCCGCAAUCUAUGCGGUGACCGAUUUCAUUCAGCCAUUCGGCAAGUACGGUCCAGAAGUCGCACUCAAGGGAGAGGUUGCUCAAGGCAUUAACCUUGCGAAUGCUGCCUCCAAAACGUCAACUCUGGAACACUACAUCUGGAGCACAUUACCAAAUGGCAAAGAGCUCUCGGGUGGGAAGCACAUCGUUCCCCACUUUGAGGGAAAGAACCAGAUCGAUGCGUAUAUUAAGAACAACGCCAAACUCCUUGCCAAGACAACAUUCUUGUGGAAUACGUUUUAUGCUAGCAACCUAACGUUUCCCCCAUUCACCCCAAACUUAUUAAAAUCCUCCGGCAAAUAUGUCUGGCUCCAGCCAACUCCAGCCUCUACUCCAGUGACGAUGCUCGGAGAUGCGGAUGCAAACAUUGGGCCUUUCGUGAGUAGCAUUCUAAAAAGACCAGAUCUCACUUUACCAGGCAAAUUCGUUGUCGCAGCCGUAGAGGAGAUGACGCAUGGUGAGGUCCUCGCAACCUGGGGUCGGGCUACCGGUAAGGAGACGGAAUAUGUUGAAGUUACCCUCGAUGACUUUGAUCGCUUGUGGCCUGGGUGGGGUAAAGAGAUGGGUAUGAUGAUGCAGAUGUGGGGAGACUUAGGCCAUAAUAGCUGGGGCGGAGAGAAGGUUCUGACAAAGGAGGACUUGGGGAUCACCCAGCCUCUCAUCAGCACCGAAGCUUGGUUCAAGGCUGCUGACUGGGGGUUGUAAUGAAAAAGCCCACUAAUUAAUUUGUGUUAAUUCAAUUCAACGGUAUAUUCUCAAGAGUCAA